AGAACCACAUGACCACACCAAACGCAACAGUGGAUUUUUGUUUUAACGUUAGUAUUUAAUAAAAUGUCAUAUUUAUUUUAAGCCAGAAGUUUUGAUCAGUAGUAUCACUUAAGAUGAGGAACAAUUUAAAGGUUCUUUGUAAAAAAAAGUUGUUUUAAACAGGAUGGUUGUGGAGGUGGAGAGUUUCUAUGGUGUGUAUAUGUUGUACUGUACAAACCCGAAAUUUAAGGGUCGAAUAUAUAUUGGCUUCACUGUGAAUCCAGAGCGCCGUAUCGGACAACACAACGCCGGGCGACACCGAGGAGGAGCCAAGAGAACCAGUGGCAGGGGACCUUGGGAAAUGGUUCUUAUCAUCCAUGGCUUUCCAUCUGAUAUUGCAGCUCUUCGGUUUGAAUGGGCUUGGCAACAUCCUCACAUCUCUCGUCGUUUGUCCCACGUUUCCCGUCGCAGCCGUAAAGAGUCAGGUUUGCAAUUUCACUGGCGUGUGGUGUCAAACAUGUUGCGAGUGGCACCAUGGAGUCGACUCCCUAUCACUGUGCGCUGGCUAAAGCAGGAGUAUCGAAUGGAUUUCGCCCCUGAUUUACAGCCUCCACUGCACAUUCCUCUAACGUUUGGCUGUGUUCGUGCAAAGAGAAAACCACAACAUGUGAGCAAAGAGCAAGAGGAAAGACAGGUGGAGCUCUGUGUGUUGUGUGGGGAAUUUAUUAAGACUGUGGAUAGAUUGUCUUGUUUCCACCCUUCCUGUCAAAUGGUUUGUCACCUCAUUUGCUUGGCUGGACACUUUUUGAAGGCAGACCCCUUCCACCUAAUUCCUGUUGAGGGAAAGUGCCCUGGAUGCCAUCAUUCAGUGCUGUGGGGAAGUUUGAUACUGUAUAAAAAUGCAGACUUGGAAGAAAUGAACAUCCCUUCAUCCCAGAAUCAUUGGACAGAUGAGCUACAGUUGUGAAGACCAUUUGAGACAGCUGUUUCUACUGUAUGAAUUAGACUGUUAAAAACAACAGCUCAUUCAGGUUGGGACAUCUGCAUUAAGAAAUUAUUCAAUUUGUCAAGGAUUCAGAAUGAGAUGUUAACAAUAAUGACUGGAACGUUUUUAAAGAAUUUCUAACCAAAUUUUUUUAAAUUAACCAUCUUGUAUGUAAAAUCCUGUAUGGUCAUAUUUACUAAAAGUGCCCUUUAAAGAAAAUGUGGGUAUACUGCAUUAAAUUUCUGAACGUAAGCCAGGA